GGAGUGUGUAUUGUUUGCAACAAAGCGGUACCAAAUUGUAGUGAGUGUUUUGACAACAAAUGUGUUUCAUGUGAAGAGGGUUUUUAUUUGAACUCCAAUAAUACAUGUGAGUCUUGUGGUAUUACAAAUUGCACGACGUGUGAAUUUAAUGGGACGUGUGACAUGUGCACUUUUGACAAAACACUCACCAAAAACAUGACACAAUGUAGUGAAUGUGAAAGCAAUGAAGGGUGUUUAAAUUGUUUGUCCGACGUUGUCGGGUGUUCAGUAUGUCGUGAAGGGUAUUAUUUGGUGGACCACUUUUGUGAAAGAUGUGGAAAUAAGUGCACAAGGUGCGACUCGAGUGGAAAUUGUGUUCAAUGUGAAACGGGUUAUUCAACACAAAACGGAGUUUGUGUUGCAUGUCAUUAUAUUCAGAAUCAUUGUUCUACAUGUGUUUCUUCAAGUGGGUUGUGUACUUCUUGUGAUUUGGGGUAUAUGAUCUUAAAUACAAAAUGUGAGGAGUGUGGUACUUAUUAUGAAAAUUCUGAUUAUUGUAACACUACAAGUGUUCAACAUUGCAAGGCAAAUUAUUUCAUCAAGAAUGCGCAGUGUGUCCAAUGUUCCGUGAUAUACGGGUGUAUGGAAUGUAACGAAAACAACGAAUGCAUAAAAUGUGACACGGAGCUGAAUAUGUUUAAUAACAAUGGUGUAAUGGAAUGUUCUUCAGAUUGUAAUGUUGAUGGGUGCACGAAUUGUAAUAUUGAUGGUGUUUGUUCUCGCUGUGACACAUCAUAUACAUUAGACAAAGUAAACAACAAAUGCAUAAAAUGUUGGGAUUUAUUCGACAACUGUGGAGUGUGUAAUCAAACAGAGAAAUCAUGUGCAAUUUGUGAUUCAAAUGUGUUCUAUUUAGAGGAAGGUGUUUGCAAGCGGUGCUCAAACUCGAUUUCCAAUUGCGAAGAAUGUUCAAACAAAAACGUGUGCAUGCGUUGUGUUGGAAAUUAUCAUGUCGUUAACGGGAAAUGUGUCUCCAUUUCAUCGAACUUGAAAAACAGCCAAACCGAUUGCACACGAGAUCAAUAUUUCAAUGUCACAUGUGUUGAUAUUCCGUUUGAUAGUUUUAAAUAUUCAGAGACUGAAAUUAUGAAGUGUGAAAGGCGUAUGUUUGGAUGUUCUUCGUGCCAAUACAAAACAAGCACUUCCGCUGAUUCUUUUGAUUCAGAUGCAUUAGAGUGUUCUUAUUGUAAAGCGGGAUAUGCCUUUGAUUCGGAAAAGAAUAUGAAAUGUAUUGAAACAACAGAAAUGAUUGAUGAAAAGGGCGUUCGAAUUCAUUGUCAAAGAGGGUGUGUGGGAUGCACAACUACAGACAACUGUCCGUAUGCAGACACUAUCAAAUUUACAGCAAGAAACUUUGAGAAAGUGACAUACUCUCAACAUCAAAAAUGUAACGCAUACCGUCGUGGAUAUGGUUGUGUCGAAUGUUCAAGUUCUAUUGUCACAUCUGGAGUGUGUCUUGAUUUCGAAAGAAACUCGACUUGUUCUGUGUUGAAAGAAGUAAAUGGGGUAAUAUCAUGUAUUCAACCUAUUGUUACAACUAAAGAUCAAACAAAAAGUGAUGACGGAAAUUGUGAAAUCACUUUAUAUGGCAGUUGCAAAAAGUGUGACAUGUUUUAUUAUUUGGGCCACUCAUCUCCUCAAGUUUGCUUGCUUUGUACUGAAGACAAGAGAUGUGGAUAUUGUCAAAAUUCUACAAUAUGUGAAGUGUGUGCCUCGGGCUAUGUUUUACAAAACGGCACAUGCGAAAAUAUUCUUCAUUGCGCAGACCCACAGACAAACUGGUGCAAUUUAUGUGAGGAUGGGUAUUAUCUUUCACGUGGGGUUUGUAUAGAAAAGUCUGAUAAAAACUGUGUUUUGUAUAGCGAAAAUGACGACACACUAUGUCUUCUUUGUAAAAAUGAAUAUUUGUUGUCCGAUAAAAAGUGUGUUUCACCAAGCGAUCACAAUUGCGAGGUCAUCGAUUCAAAAACUUCGACGUGCAUUAGAUGCCAAUUUGGGUAUCAAUUGGAUGCUGCUAUGAAUUGUGUGGCAAUUCCAACACCGCAUUGUAUUUCGUCUUUGAAAUAUGACUGUUUGAAAUGCGACUUAACAACCAAUAUGGUUCGCGGUCCGUUGGGUGACAUUGUGUGUUCCAAUAAUAUUAGUGAUGAAAAAUGUUUGAUUUUAAGUACAACGGGGUGCGUUCGAUGUAAACCAGGAUACUAUAUCAAGAACGGUAGAUGUGUAGCGUGCAAUCCAAUGUGUCGUAUGUGCGUGAGUCAACCCAACAAUUGUGUGGCGUGUCAGUUUGGAUAUUAUUACAACACUACUACCAACACUUGUUUAUCUCUUGGUGAUUUGAUGGAGACAUGCGAACUGUUUUUACCGAGUGGCGAUAAGUGCAGUGUAUGUAAAUCUGGAUAUUACAUGAAUAAUGGUGACUGUGUAAGGUGCAGUGAUGCGUGUGAGAAGUGUAUCACCAACUCCACUUUUUGUUUAACGUGCAAUAAAGACAAAGGAUAUUACUAUGACUUGGAAAGCACAACGACAACAAAGUGCAAACCCACUUCGUUGCUUCUCCACUGUUCAUCGUCUGUUAGUGAUGGGUGCAGUCUUUGUGAAACUGGAUUUUAUUUAAAUUUGUAUCACAAGUGUGUUCCUUGUAUGGACAACUGCCAAAGGUGUGGUAAUAGUUGGUCGUGUGAGACGUGUAAGACCACAUUUGUGUUGAAUUCCAACAAUACGUGUAUCGUAUGGACUUCUAUUAAUAAGUGUGUAUCAUACUCUACUGAAUAUCAGACGUGUUCAAAGUGUUCAUUUUCAUAUCGAGUGUCAUCUUCUGGAAACAGUUGUGAGUACUCUUCUGGUAUCACAAUUGCAUUGGUUGUCCCAUUAGUCUUUUUUGUCAUAUUGUUUAUUGUCGUUAUAUGUGCUCUGUUGUUGAUGUACUUCCAGCACAGAGCUACAAUAAAAGCGAAGGAGCUUCUUGUCAAUAGUAUUAAGAUCACUGAUGCAAAGAUGUAUGGCUUGACAUUCACGCGAUUUGGAGGAAUUAAAUCGCCGUUGGUUUGUUCAGAAACAGACAUUGAAAUUGCCACCAGCCAAGGGUACCAAAUUCCAGUGAACAAAUUAACACAAAAAACAUUUCUAGUUGGGAAUGACCGGAAAAGAAACGUCAAAGUCCAAUUCACACAAAAAGAAGAAGAGAAAUUCACUGUUGAGAUCAAUCCGUCGAUAGUCACAAUCAAUAAGGGAAUGGCUGUUGAGGUCAUCUUAGCGGUGAAACCAAUGUGCACAUGCGAUGUAUCCUCUUCCAUUCUAGUUUCUUUCCUUGAACUCAGAAAAGCUAAAAUAGACCAAGUCGACUUGAAUUUCCACUUUUCGACUGAAAUUUCGACGCGCCUCGACCCGCAAGAAAUUCAGAAAUUACGUAAAUUGGGUGAAGGCUCAUUUGGGAUUGUGUAUGAAGGAAUUUACAGAGGCGAGAAGGUUGCGAUCAAGAUGAUCAAAGACAUUCCCAACUUUUCAUCGAAUGGUGACGAGUUUGAGAAGGAAGUUCAAAUGUUGGAUAAGUUCCGAAGCGAUUACAUCAUCAACUUCUUUGGUGCCGUAUUUAUACCUAAAAAGCGGUGUAUGGUCACUGAGUUUGCGAAGUUUGGGAGUUUGCAAGAUGUAAUGAGACAUCAAAAGAGAGAUGAAAUUGGUAUGAAUGUUAAAGUGAAGAUGUUAUUAGAUGCUGCUAGGGGGAUUGAGUAUUUACACAACAACAGAAUUAUACAUCGAGAUAUCAAACCAGACAAUAUCUUGGUCCUUUCAUUAACCAUCGAUGAAAAUGUCCUUGCAAAAUUGACUGAUUUCGGGACGUCGAGAAACAUCAACGUGAUGAUGGGGAACAUAUCCUUCACAAAAGGAAUUGGUACUCCUGUCUAUAUGGCGCCUGAAAUUCUGAAUAGGAGUUAUUACAAAGAACCAGCGGAUAUAUAUUCAUUUGCAAUCACGAUGCUCGAGACUAUCACUUGGGAACACGCGUUCCCAAAAGAAGAGUUCAAGUAUCCAUGGAAUGUUGCCUCGUUCAUUUCAAGUGGAAAACGCCCAGAAAGUAUUCGAACAAUAGAAAAUAAGAAGAUGAGAGAAGUGAUUGAAGCGUGUUGGGGGAAUGACCCAGUUCAGCGUCUCCCGAUCACUGCAAUAGUCGAACAAUUAUCGCAAGUGUGGAUGCAAUAA